CGUCUCGCCUGCUGGUUGGGUUUGAGUUGGGUUGCGCCCAGGGUUGACCAGGGCUCUGGCGUCCAGCUUGUUUGAUUUCUAAGACCAGAUGAGAAGGACAAAGCCACAGGGCUUCCCGUCUCUUCUGCUACACUCCCUGCACACCCUCCCAUACUAUCCGUGCUAUGCAGAGAGGACCCGGCCGAUUGUCUCCGGCCGGGGCCCUGUUAGUUGGCUUGUUAUGGCUCAUUCCAUCACAGUUCCCGUCCCAGCAAUCAAUCAAUCCCAUGGACAGCCCUGGACAGACACCCCGGCCGGCGCACCUGGUCGAACGGCGUUUGGAACACAAAAAUUUUUCAUUGUUUUUCUUUUGAAGACGAACAAUCUACGUUGCGGGAUCCCAUUAGCCCGAGGCUCAUCAAACAGGCCCUGCCUCGCCGCUCGCGUUGGAUUGCCUCGACGCCUCCCAUUGUCCGAGAACAUGGGUAUAUGGCAUCACCGCGCGACCGAGGGAACGGGAACCGAAAAAAAAAGACCCUCCGGCAUCGACGGGAGAUGUGACUCAUAAUAAGCACCAAGCUCCUCUCUCCGAGCCCUGCUGUCAGUGAAUAGCUGCACCCAUAUGUAUGAUCUCCCAACGAACGGUCGCGUUUGCUGUAUUGAUGCCAAACAAUCCGCCGCCCCGUCGAAUCGGGCCCGCCCUGCACCCCAUCCUAGCUGCCGAUUGGCACCCACUCACACACACAGCCCAGUAGUCUGUAUGUACAC